UUGGGUGUUUUUUUUUUUUCUGUCUCUUCUAAUAUCCAAAAUCCAACUACCUCAUCGAAACACAACAAUCCGUCCUUGGCAAAAUCAUCAACGAGACAGCCUGAAAGUCGGCCAAAAUGGCGACCACUUCAGUAAACUCGCCAAAUGUCAACAAUCGUUCGUCGCACAAUACUGAUACCAAUGAUGGCGAAAUAAUAACCACAUUGACCAAAAUGCAAACUACCUUAGACAACGCAGUAAAAGUUUCGAAAAAUAUGCGUGUUGAUGUUAAAAAAUCCAUAGACGAUCAAAUAGAGCUUCUAAAAUCCAACAUAAUACCGCAAGUAAAAAUCCUAAUAUCGAACGUGGUCCAGGCUCAAAACAAAGAAUCAGCAUAUCGUAAACGAAUAACUGAACUAGAAAUAUCACUGCAACUAAAGAAUCAAGCAGAAUCAGACAAGCUGGAAAAUAUUGAAAAAAUGAUUCUAGAAAACAAAGAAGCGUUAACCAAAAUAAGUAAUCAAGGCAGUGAUACCAACAAAAAAACAUAUGCAAAAGCAGCAACAAUAAAUAUCGGUCGUCAAAAAGCAGCACCAAAAAACAGCUAUGCAUCUAUAUUAUAUCUCAAAGAUGACGAAGAAAAAACCAAAACCUCAACCGACGCUCUACAGGUCGCCAGAAAAUUAGUCUGCUCAAAACCAGCUGGUACUGCAAUAAUAGCAAACAAAUUACUAUCAAAUGGUAAAAUCAUGAUCUUCUCUAAAGAUGAAAAUUCAAAAGCGAAUCUUGACAAUCUAAUCAAUGCUUCUGAUGAAAUGAUAUCAGAGGAACCGAAACGCCAAAACCCGGUUAUCCUGUUAAAAGGAGUGCCUAAAGAAAUCGAUCGUGAUGACGUACCAAAAAUCAUCAAAGACUGCAAUCAAGAUAUUGCCAAUGCCUGUGAAAAUGAAGAUUCCAUCACCGUAGUCUAUCUAAAAACCAACAGAAAAGAGCAUCUAGUCAAUGUAGCUAUCAAAGUCACCCCAACAAUCCGCAGAAUAAUCCUAGAAACACUAGAUCGUAAUGUAUCGUUUGGCUUCAAUCUGGUUUACGCAGAAGAUGCAUCUCCAGUCCGUCAAUGCUUCCACUGCCUUAGCUUUGGACAUACACAAACGAAAUGUCCCGUAAAAGAAAAAAAUAAAGAAGAAUUACCGCAAUGUAUGCAUUGUCCAGGCAAACACCUAAAAGCCAACUGUCCUGAAAAAAACAAAAAAGUGAUAUGCUGCAACUGUGCCAAACAACCUGGAACGUCUAACAAACAACCAGAAAACAUUAACCAUUCGCCAAUUAGCGAAAAAUGUCCAAUAUACAAAGCGGUACUGACUAAAGCAAUAAGUAAAAUAGACUAUGGAUACUAG